AUGGACGAAAACGCAGAUGAAUCUGAUGAAAAUCCAGAAAUAGAUAGUGAAGUGGACGAUUGGAAUUGGCUACAACAAAAUCGAAGAAAUAAAAGGGCAAAUAAAACACCUCGAACUGAUUACUUUGUGCAAGGGCGAACAAUAACAUCAUCUUCGCAUGGUUAUAGCAGAAUGGAGAAAAACAUAACACGCCACCCUUCUCCACAACAUACAGAAAGAAUGAAAAAGCAAAAUGUCAAUCAUGAAAUGUCAAACUUCAAAAAUGAUCAAAAAAAUUCUUGUGAUGAUAUACAAAAUUUAAAUGUUAGUAACUACAAUAGAAACUCCAAUAAAAAUUAUGAAAAAGAAAAAGAUAUUCAAAUAAUUGAAAAAGAAUAUGAGCAAUUACAUGUAUCACAGCAUGCUCUGAAAUUUGCUGUUGAAAAUAAACUUCCCCCAAUUAAAAUACAAUGUGAACCUCAAUUAAAAACUCAGGAGGAAGGCUCAGAGAUCAUCAAACAAUUUCUAAAAUAUAUUGAAACUAAUUUCAGGAAACUUAAUCCACGGUACAAUCAACCUCUGGAAUUUGAUCAUUAUAUGGUGGUUGACAGUGGCGAAUUGAUCUGUUUCACGAACUAUAUAGAAUUAUUUAUUUAUAUGUGUGAUAUUAAUAACUAUCCUAAUCAACUGAAUAAUAUCAAAAUUAAACCUAUAUUACCGACAAGAUUACCUGCACGAAAUGCAGUUAUAUUAAAAUUUAUUGAUAAUAAAAUUAAGUUAGAUGAAGUUCAGAUGUACGUGAAAGAAAAAUUUAAAAGUGUUUACGGAAUUGAAGAAAUGCUGGGAACAAUAACAUAUAGAUCGCAUCAUAUUCGAAUUGAUUUAUUAUCAAAAGAAGAGUAUAUAAAUAUUUUAAAUAGCGGGAAGUUUGUAAUUGGAGGUCAUUUGUAUGAAGUUGACGAAUAUGUGCCAUCGCCGAAAAUUCUAAUUUGUAAUAAAUUUAAUACACCAGGACAUGUGAAGAAAAAUUGUAAAUCAACAAUAGAAGUAUGUAGACGUUGUGGUAAUAAUAGAAAAAACAAGGAUGAUCAUAAAGUAUGUUGUAUCAAAUGCCAUCAUUGUGGUGGUGAUCAUGAAGCCACAAAUUUUAAAUGUAUAUUGAUUUUCAAAUUCAGACAACAGCUACUACAACAAUUGAAGAACAACACCCAUCUUCUUCCUCCACAUGUUCAAUUUUAUAUACCGCAGCAGUUCCGUGAUCAAAAAGAUAGUGAGCAUCAAGUGAAGUUGAUGGCUCAAAGCUGGCAAUUGCUUAAUUUUCAAAGUAAAACACAAACUGAUGCAAUAGCGGACAUCUAUAUGACAUUAUCUGAUGGGAUACCAUCAAUUAUGGAUUCUAUGCAAAAUUUUAACCACAUAUUAAAAGAUAUCAAUAAAAAUAUUACUAAUGAUAAUGAACGUCAACAACGAGAUUUUGUAAUUACAAGAAUCGAUGAAAGUAUCAAUACGGUCAAUAAUCGGUUACAACUAAUGACUGAUCACCACAAAAACUUAAUGAUAAUCAUCAACAAACAAAAUGAAUUACUGGUGAGAGGUAUGAAUUCAAUAGAUCAAUUAUCUAAUGGACAGUAA